GCCGGCCGGGCGGGGCUUUUACGGCAGCGGGCGCGGGGCGGCGGCGCGGCUGGUGGCGGAGCCCGGCCUGGCCCGGCCAUGCUGCUCACCGUGUUCUGCCUGCGCCGGGACCGCUCCGAGCUCACCUUCUCCCUGCAGGUGGACGCCGACUUCGAGCUGCAGAACUUCCGGGCGCUCUGCGAGCUGGAGUCCGGCAUCCCCGCGGCCGAGAGCCAGAUUGUCUAUGCGGAGAGGCCUCUAACUGACAACCACAGAUCAUUGGCCUCGUAUGGCUUGAAAGAUGGGGAUGUGGUGAUUUUACGGCAAAAGGAGAAUGCGGAGCCACGGCCUCCAGUCCAGUUUCCAGGUCUGCCCAGGAUAGACUUCAGCAGCAUUACAGUGCCUGGGACAUCGGCCCAGCUGCAGCCACAGCAGCCGCCAGCGCAGAAUCCUCGCCCAUCGCCCCCGGGUACACCACCGUCCCUGCAGGGCUUGGACAAUCCGACGUUGUUACGGGACAUGUUGCUUGCCAAUCCCCACGAGCUGUCCCUGCUGAAAGAACGCAAUCCGCCCCUGGCUGAGGCACUGCUCAGUGGAGACCUUGAGAAAUUUACCAGGGUGCUGGUGGAGCAGCAACAGGACCGAGCCCGCCGGGAGCAGGAGAGAAUCCGUCUGUUUUCAGCAGACCCUUUUGAUCUUGAGGCUCAGGCAAAGAUAGAAGAGGACAUAAGGCAACAAAAUAUUGAAGAGAACAUGACAAUAGCUAUGGAAGAGGCCCCAGAGAGCUUUGGCCAGGUGGUGAUGCUCUAUAUUAACUGCAAAGUCAAUGGACAUCCAGUGAAAGCCUUUGUUGACUCAGGUGCCCAAAUGACCAUUAUGAGCCAAGCUUGUGCUGAAAGGUGUAACAUAAUGAGACUGGUGGACCGGCGCUGGGCAGGCAUUGCUAAGGGUGUGGGCACGCAGAAAAUCAUUGGCAGAGUGCACCUAGCUCAGGUUCAGAUUGAAGGGGAUUUUCUGCCGUGUUCUUUCUCUAUCCUUGAAGAACAGCCCAUGGAUAUGCUUCUAGGACUGGAUAUGCUUAAGAGACAUCAGUGUUCCAUUGAUCUCAAAAAGAAUGUACUAGUGAUUGGCACCACUGGAUCUCAGACAACUUUCCUUCCGGAAGGGGAGCUCCCAGAGUGUGCAAGACUGGCAUAUGGGCCAGGACGGGAGGACAUGCAGCCGGAGGAGAUUGCAGACCAAGAACUGGCAGAAGCUCUACAGAAAUCUGCAGAGGAAGCAGCUGCUUGCAGAUGGCACCAAGAAAGCCGAGAGAGAGAAAGAGAGAGAGGAUAUAGUUCAGCCCUAAAAGACUCAUCUUCCUGCAGGACCUCCUGUGUACUUUUAUAGUGGUUUGAAUUUUGACUCCUUUUUGGUUCAUGAUAUGCCAGAUAUCACACUGUACAUCAUUAGGUCAGUAAAGUUCCCAUUUGAACACACCUGAAUUAGUCCUGAGCCUUAUUUGACCCUUUCAGAUCCACCUCGGAGAGGCUUGGAAUUUGGAGUUAGAUGCCAGUGUCAUCCUGGUAUUAGUCCUGCAUAGACCAUAUCUAUUUAUUCAUUACCAGAUUCUCCAUGUGAACUCCAUUUCUGUUCAAGGAUUUGUACUCUUCCAGCCAUGCACAAUGCUUUCUCCCCUGUUGGAUUCAGAUGAUGCCAACUCCCUGUAAUCAAUGAGAUUUUUAGGAUAUUGACAGCAAAACUACAACAAAACCUAACAAUAGCAGUGGUUCUCAGACUUCUUUGCUCACGCCCCCCCUUCUUUGUGUCUGUAAUCACUUAUGCAAACCCCCCACCCUACCCCCAAAGUACAUAUAUUCUGAAGGCAGAGCAGAAAGCAGCAGCAGCGGCUGCUGGCUGGGCACCAGCUCUGAAGCCAGGGCUGUGCCAGCAGCAGUGCAGAAGUGAGGCUAGAGAUGUGAAAAGUGAUAUUUGUCAAUAUCACUUGUCACAGGAGACUUAGCGCCCCACUGCCACCCUUACUUCUGCGCUGCUGCUGCUGCCACCCCGGGGCUGGGAGCAGGAGUUCCCCGCCACUACCUCCUGUUGAGGUUUUGGGGGGUGGGGAGGAAGAGAGCCCAAUCUUGGGUGGCAUACUCCAGCUGUCAGCCCUGGGGCAGCGGUGCUCCGGCUGUCCCCUUUAUCCCAUCCCCCACCUCCCGGGUGUGCACGGCCCUUCUGCACGAGUCCAGCAGCCUAGGGCUGACAGCCAGAGCUCUUUUUUUUAAAAAGCACACAUCUCAUGCCUCCCUUGACACAUUCCCGUGCCUCUCUUGGGAGACCCAGCCCAUAGUUUAGGAACCACUGGUAUAGAGAAGUAAUCUGCCCCUUUAUAUAGCUGUACUUGCAUCUAGAAUGCCUAUGUAUACAGGCAGUCCCAUCACGCAUGUUGCCCUUACUCUUUCCAGCACAGGGAAAACCCUAUCAAAUAUGGUGCAUUUUAUCUGGAGACAAGUACAUUCCUAUUAAUUGUAUUGAUUUCCUUGGCGGAGUUAGAAAACAAAUCCUUCUGCAGAUUCUGCCAUGUCUUUGGUCUUUGAUAACCAUGUUCAGGUGUCUGGCAGGACACCAGCUACUUCUGUUGUCUAAAUGGAUACAACUCCCUGAUGUAUCUGACUAAUUAGACCCUUAUUACAGAUUCCCUGUCAACAAAAUCGCCUUCUACUGCACCAGGGGAUGACCCUGUCCCCCUUCCCCUUUCAAAGAAUCAGGCUGUGCAGAUGGGGGUCUGAGUGUAGUGUUAAUUGGAGACACACAAAUCCCAGUCUUGUUUUUCACUAUCAUUCUGUUGCACAGGCCUCGCUGCUCCCCCUGUGAAAGACUGUGACAAUGUGGAAGGCUGAAUGAUUUACAGAAAUGUUUUUUCUUAAAAUCACAACUUGACAGAAUUGUUGCCAUAGUUACAUUAAGACCAGAUGUGCAACCAGUAGAACAGGAGUGGCCCAAUGUAUCCUCUUUUGAGACUCCACGUCCCAGCUUGAUCUAAAUGGAAAAUAAUGGAAACAGGUACUCGAGGAGACAAAAACAGACUUCUUACAGGACAGGCAUAAUAAACUUUCUGGCAAAUCCCAGGUGCAAACAUGAGCGUGUUCAGUCAGCAGAACACAGUCCAAUUAUAUAUUUAAAAGGAGGAAGACUUUUUGAAGAUUUAAAUGAAGGAAAGCAAUUCAGUGUGUCUUAAUUACUUCAGUUGUCCUGCUGGUCCUGCUAAAGGCCACUGAGUUUUGGAACCUGUGCACAGGGAGAGACAGAUGACGACAAACCAGGCAGCGCAGCUGGAAGUUUUGGAUAGCUGAUUGGAAAUAGGAAACUUGGACAGAGAGAUCCUAAUGUGAUCUAGGGUAGGGACACUCACUGUCACACUGAAGGUCAUGCUGGAAAUUUGACAAGCGCCUGAGAGCUGAUACGUUUACCCAGAAUCUUAGCAAAAAUAAAUGAAUGCAACUUGUUGGUAAUACAUCUUUCUUGAUAAAUAGAAAUUGUUGUCUGAGGUUACUAAUAACCAAAUCCACAGCUGAUGUGAGACAUCCUCCCCGCUGUGCAAAGAAGGCUGCUGUUAGUCAUAUUUCACCCUUGGCUACAUCUGUUCAGUCACUGUGGUGUUCUGAAAAAGUAUUGCUGGCUCAGACUGCACACUUUUCUGGUGCCUUUCACCCAAGGAUCUUAAAUCUUAUAACCUUCAGGCCACGCACCCAUUGUGAGGCUGGUAGUAUCCCCAUGUGUAAAAUGGGGAUACAGGUACAUACUGGGUAAGUGAUGUACCCAGGGGCACAGAGCAAGUUACUGACAACUGGCAGCAGAUUCCAGGAACUGUUGCACUGUCCCCAGCUCCAACUUCUCUGAAACGUGCCUGCUGUGUAUUUUCAGCAGUGCACAGUGAGCUAGCAUGCCGUUAAACAUGCCUUGUGCUGUGUAUUUUUGUCGAAUACAUAGCUUCUCCUGCACUCCGUACUGAUCAAAUGACGGUACAGUAAAAUCCUUAACUUGAUUGAAGAGCAGUUCCUUUUUGACUCAACAUGGCAAAGUGCCUAAACAGACUUAUAUCGGAAUGGCCAGCCGAACUUCUGGAAGGCAGCGACCACAAGGAGCUCCCUUGUUCAGAACCAUAUAUUGGAAGAAACUGGGGGAGGGGAGAGAGAGAGGUCACAGACUAUAACCAUGCAUGUUGUGUGCUUUGAAUUGCUAAUACAAGUUUGGUGUGUUGUGUUUCCUAAUC